UGGUGAUGAUGAUGGUGUGAGCCUCUCUCAUUCUCUUUGUGUGUGUGUGAUGGCAGCAAAAGUUGAAUGAUUCAGUCAUUUUUUUCUUAUUCAUUCGUCGAUGUUUGUGAUGAUGAUGAUGAUUAUUAUUAUUAUUAUGGUUCAUUGUCAAUAUCAAUAGCGAGGAAUUUUUUUUUGUGUUUUUCUUUGUGUCGAAUUUCUAUUCUAUAUUAAAUAUUAUUCAUUAUUAUUUUUUGUCCAUCAUUUAUUCCUGGUGAAUUUUUAAAGGGUAAACAAUUCAAAAGAAAUAUCUAUUUCUUAAUUAAUCAACGAUGACAACUGAAACAUCAAAUUUGCGACCACAACCGGUUGAUUUUAAUGCCGUAUGGCAAACGAUUCGUGGAACAAUCAAUAAAAUUCUAUGCCUAAAUUAUGUAUCAAAAGAUGAAUGGGGUGAUCGUUUUCAUGAUAUUUAUAAGCUUUGUAUUGCUCAUCCUGAAUCAUAUUCUGAUCGAACGUAUCAUGAAACAAGAAAACUAUUGGAAUCUCAUGUUAAAUUAAUCUAUGCUUCGGUACAAGAGAAUCCAUCGAAUAUGAAUGAUUUGCUCCAUAUUUAUUAUGAAAAAUGGCAAAUCUAUCAACAGGCAAUUGAAUAUCUAACACUGUUAUAUAUUUAUCUAAAUACACAAUAUGUACGUAAAUUUCGUCAUGGUAACACUGAAUUAGGUGAUGAUUCAAGAUCGAAUGAAAAAUUAAUGGAAAUCAAUGAACUUGGUGCACAUUUAUGGAAAAUGGAAAUGAUUAUGCCACUGAAAGAUAAUCUUGUUGAACUUUUAUUACAAGCUAUUAAUGAUGACCGUUGUGGUAAACCACAGAAUCAUAAUGUAAUAUCAUCUGUUAUUAAUUCAUUUAUAUUGAUGGAAAGAUUUGGUAACAAAAAUAAACCAGUAUUGUAUCGUGAAUUAUUCGAGGAACCAUUUUUGAUGGCAACUAGUACCUAUUAUAGUCAUGAAGCAAAAUUAUUGUUACAAAAUAAUGAUUGUUCAAAUUAUCUAGAGAAAGUACUCAACAUUAUAAAUGUAGAGAAAGAUCGUCUUUAUAAAUUGAUACCAAAUGAAUCACAUCAACGUGUAAUUGAAGUUGUCGAAAAAUGUAUGCUUGGUGAUUAUUUGGAUUUUUUUCAAAAUGAAUGCCGAUUAAUGGUCAAGAAUGAAGUGAGCCGUGAUUUACGUAAUAUGUAUCUAUUAUUGAAAUCAAUUGAAUCUGGUCUAAAAAUAAUGGUCGAUCAAGUUGAGUUGCAUAUCAAAGAGAAAGGCUUGGAAGUAAUAAAAUGCAUAAUCAAUUCAAAAGAUGAUAAUCAUAUUCAAACAUUUAUUGAAGAAAUACUUAAAGUUUAUUAUCAUUAUCUUCAUUUAAUUGAAAACAUAUUCUCUGGUGAUAAGAUUUUCAUGUCAGCAUUGGAUCGUGCAUGUACAGCGAUUAUUAAUUAUCGUGAAAAUACUAAACAACCAUGUAGAUCGCCAGAAAUUCUAUCACGUUAUUGUGAUAAUUUAUUGAAAAAAUCUGCAAAAAAUUCAUCGGAAAAAGAAAUGGAAACCAAAAUUACCGAAGCGAUUAUUAUAUUUAAAUAUAUAAGUGAUAAAGAUAUAUUUCAAAAAUGUUAUUCAAAAAUGUUGGCCAAACGUUUAAUACAUUCACAAUGUAUUUCAAUGGAAAAUGAAGAAUGUAUGAUACAGAAAAUAAAAUCUGUUUGUGGUUAUGAAUUUACAUCGAAAUUACAACGAAUGUUUACCGAUGUCAAAGUUUGUGAUGAUUUUAUGGUUGGAUUUCAGACACAUUUAGAGAAUAGUAAUAUAAAAUUACCAAUGUCAUUCUCAGCAUAUAUAUUACAGGCAUGUGCAUGGCCAUUCUCACAGACACCGGUAUCGAAUUUUAAUAUACCAUUAAUAUUUGAAAAAGCUGUCCAUGAAUUUGAACAUUUUUAUUUGAAUAAAUUUAAUGGUCGUAAAUUGAAUUGGAUAUUCAAUGUAAGUCAAGGUGAAGUGAAAUUUUUAUAUACAAAAAAAUUGUAUCAAAUUACAAUGAAUACAUUUCAAAUUGCCAUCAUUUUGUUGUUUGAAAAUGUUGAUGAAUUAUCUUAUGAAGAGAUUCAGCAAAGUACCAGUCUAAAUGAUGAACAAUUACAAAGGCAUUUACAAUCGUUUACUGAUUUGAAAAUUUUACUCAUCAACAGUCCAUCAUCACCACUAUCAUCAUCAACAUCAUCAUCAUCAUCUUCGAGUUUAUCGAUUCAACAGGCCAAACAACAACAAUCAACAUCGGAAUCGUUUCCGAAAUCAACAAGAUUUUUAUUGAAUAAAAAUUUUGCAAGUAAACGUAUGAAAUUCAAAAUCAAUGUACCGCCACCAAAAGAAAUUCAGCAAAAAGAAGCCGAACAACAGAAUGCAUCGGUUGAAGAGGAUAGAAAAAUGUUUUUACAGGCUGCAAUUGUACGUAUAAUGAAAACACGUAAACGAUUACGACAUAAUGCCCUGAUCGAAGAGGUUAUUAACCAGGCUAAACAACGUUUCAAUCCAAAUGUACCGAAUAAAAAAGCAAUCGAUUCAUUAAUUGAAAAACAAUAUAUUGAUCGAUAUGAAACUAGUGAUGAAUAUCAUUAUAUGGCCUAAGAACAAAAAAAAACAUUUCAAAUUUAUUUUCAAACAAACCACAGAUUCUUUCACUUUCAGAAAAUAUAAUAAUAAUAAUAAUAAUCGUUUUAUUUGCCACA